UUAUUGAGAUUAUGGGUUUUGUAGAAACUACAUCGAGAGAGGAAGAACAUAGGAGCUAUGUCUCUGAUAAAGAAGCUUCGUAAAAGACGUUCUAGCUACAUUGGUUAGUCUUUUUCCUUUACUCUGAUUUAGUUUCAGGCUAGAGAUAUAGCUAUGGUGCGUUUGUGUUCAAUGGUAGCUAUUGUGUUCAAUGGUAGAGAUAAAGCUUCUCACAUAAACUUAAUCUAAUUUAACAAUCUUUUUAAUUCUUCUUCUUAUCGUGAUGAUCUACUUAAUCUUUGCACGGAGUAGAUAUAGAAAUGGAGCAGCAAGAAACGGAUCAAACUUCAUCAAAGUGAAUCAAACAUCAUCAAAGCCUCUCUGUUUCAUUUUCUUCUCUCAAGAGGUUAGUCGACAAUCCUUUUAAUGCGUAUUAGACAUAGAUUAGAUUGUAAUUAAAUGUACCUGUUAGUUGCGAGAAGGCUCUACAAUAAAUUUUUCGGUUGCUCUGAUGGGUUUAGGUAGAUUCAUUGACUUUGUUGGUUGUCUGCGUUUUAGGUAGAUAUAUUGAAUGAGAUUAACACAUAACACCUACUAAACUCUCCUUAAAGUUGCUUUUAAAACCGAGCAACUCUCUCUUUCUCAUUUCAUAUCUCAUUCUCCUUUGAUAUUUCCUUUCGCAAAAUAGAACAAGCUCUCCUUCCCCUUUUUUAAUUUCUUUUGCUGCGCUAUGGAUCCAUUUAGUCAUCCUUGUAGCUUUCAAAAUCUCUUAAACAGUCAACAACCCAACACCUCUUUCUCCUUUGUCAGUCGUGAACCUUCAAUAGAACUCUCUACCUCCGAUGCGUCUGUAUUUGGUACACAAUCCCCUGAAGAUGCAAACGAAGAUGCAACCUUUGUGUCUGACCGUAAAGAAAGACAUAAAUGGUCACCAGUUGAAGAUGUGGUGCUUAUAAGUGCUUGGCUUAACACGUCGAAAGAUCCGGUGACAGGAAAUGAGCAAAAAGCAAUUGCCUUUUGGAAACGGAUUGCGGCUUAUUUUGCAUCAAGUCCAAAGCUUGCGGGUUUGCCAAAGAGAGAGCCAAGCCACUGUAAACAAAAGUGUGGGAAGAUUAAUGAGGGUGUUUGCAAGUUUGUUGGGUGUUAUGAUGCGGCAACGAAACAAAAGUCUAGUGGGCAGAGUGAGGAUGAUGUCUUGAUAAUGGUUCAUGACAUCUUCUUCAAUGAUUACAAGGUAAAGUUUACACUCGAGCAUGCAUGGUUGGAGCUUCGCCAUGAUCAGAAGUGGUGUGGAGCUUCUUCAACUAGAGAUAAGGUUAGCUCAAAAAGAAAGAAGUUAGAUGAUAGCUCGACACAGUCAUCAACGUCUGUGGCAGGAGAGGAUGAAGCAAUGGUUCGUCCUGUUGGUGUGAAAGCAGCAAAGGCGAAAGGUAGAAGCAAGGGAACGGCUUCUGAAGAUGAAGUGAAGCCGCUAGUGGAGUUUCAUAGAAUGUGGGAGAUAAGGCAGAAGGACUUUGCCUUGAAGGAGCAGCUUAACAAGCAAAAACUUCUUGACAGCUUGAUUGCCAAGACAGAGCCACUUAGUGAGCUUGAAAUCGCCUUGAAAAAUAAACUAAUAACUGACAUGUUGUCAAGUUAGAAUGGCUAAUUAGUUUGGUUUGUGCUUAAUGUCAAGUUGUUUGUUUGGCUUCUCGGGUCUUUAUGCCUAAUGUCGAGUUGUUUGUUUGGCUUCUUGGGUUUUUAUGCCUUAAUGUUGAGUCUGUUAAUCUCUUUGUUGUUCAUCCAUCUAAUGGUUAAGUUUUUGUUGUCUUGGUCUCUUUGUUGUUGGUUAUGCAUUAUAAAGCUUUCUCUUGUUCUUGUCUUGGUCUCUUUUUUGUCUUGUAUCUUUGUGAUCACUCUUUGAUGUUGUUUUAUUCUCGUGUUGGUCUGUAUGAUGUAUCCUUUGUCUCUUUGUUUUUAUUGCAGGUGGUCUGGUAUGUACAAUGGGAUGUUGUUGUAUCGGUUGCGAUCUUUUGUGAUCACUCUUUCUCGUGAUGGCCAACAUGUGACAGAAGAAGACAGUAUGCACAAUGUAAUAGUUGUUGUAUUUUUUGGCUAAAGCUUUAUGAGUUGUAUCCCGUGUGUUGACAGUAACCUUAUGACAUAAAAAGACAAUAUGUUUCAUAUUUUAUGUAUUAUAGCUUGUGACAUAAAAAGACAAUAUGUUUCAUGUUUUAUGUUUUAUAGCUUCUUUAUAAAUUGUACUAACACGAGAGAGAGCAACACUAAGCAAUAGCUUCUUGCUUAUCAACCUCCAAAUAAACAACAACAACAACUCGAGAGAGAGAGCAAGAGCUUCUUUCUUAUUUUCCACAAUCUCAAAUUGUUGCUUCUUUCUUAUCAACCUCCAAAUAAACAACAACAACUCGAGAGAGAGCAAGAGCUUCUUUCUUAUUUUCCACAAUCUCAAAUUUUUGCUUCUUUCUUAUCAACCUCCAAAUAAACAACAACAACAACUUGAGAGAGAGCAAGAGCUUCUUUCUUAUUUUUCACAAUCUCACUUUGUUGCUUAUUUCUUAUCAAUCGUACUUGUUUCUUAUUUUUCUCCAAAUAAUCAAAUCUUUCUUAACAUUUUCUAAAUGGCAUCUUCUUCUUCUAAUAAUUUCGAAGAGAUGGAUGAAAAAUUCGAUCAAAUUUUUGAUCAACAAUUCGAAAAUCUCUUCAUUCAUAAUGAAGACCGUCAAGAAGCAUCAAGGUAAAAAAAAAACGAGCCUACAUUGAAAGACAACGAGAACAAGGACACAUGCAGUUAUGGAAAGAUUAUUUUAGUGAAGAUGCAACAUAUCCUUCUCACAUGUUUCGACGUCGUUUUCAAUUGAACAAGCUUUUGUUCAUGCGUAUUGUUGAUCGACUCUCCGCUGAAAUCCCAUACUUUCAACAAAGAAGAGAUGCUACUGGAAGGUUCGGUCACUCUGCGUUACCAAUGGCAACGGCAGCAAUUCGUAUGAUGGCAUAUGGUUGCCCAGCUGAUGCGGUCGACGAAUACCUCCGACUUGGUGAGACCACCGCGCUUUUAUGCUUGGAACAUUUUGUUCAAGGAAUCAUAAAUUUAUUUGGAGAUGAGUUUCUAAGAAGACCCACGCCAGAAAGACCCACGCCAGAAGAUCUUCAACGACUAUUCGAUAUUGGAGAGAUACGCGGAUUUCCCGGGAUGAUAGGAAACAUUGAUUGUAUGCAUUGGGAGUGGAAGAAUUGUCCGAUCGCAUGGAAAGGUCAAUAUACCCGUGGAUCAGGAAAGCAAACCAUUGUUUUAGAGGUUGUAGCUUCACAAGAUCUCUGGAUAUGCCAUGCGUUUUUUGGACCUCCAGGUACAUUAAACGAUAUCAAUAUUCUUGAUCGAUCAGCGGUUUUUUAUGAUAUAUUACAAGGUCGAGCUCCAAAAGUUAAUUACAUUGUCAACGGACACCAGUACGAUUUGGCUUACUAUCUCACAGAUGGUAUUUAUCCAAAAUGGGCUAUUUUUGUCCAAUCUAUUCCACUUCCGCAAGGUCCGAAAGCAUCAUUAUUCGCUACACAUCAAAAAAGUUUUACGUAAAGAUGUCGAGCGUGCUUUUGGGGUCUUGCAAGCUCGAUUUGCCAUAGUCAAAAAUCCAGCUCUUUUGUGGGAUAAAAUAAAAUUGGCAAGAUAAUGAGAGCAUGUAUCAUUCUACAUAAUAUGAUCGUAGAAGACCAACGAGAUGGGUACAUUCAGUUUGAUGUAUCAGUUUUCGCACAACCGGGAUCAAAUCGAAGUUGACAAGUGGAUUUCACGUAUUCUACAUAUAUGCCUUCAAAUCUCGGCAAUAUGAUGAGCAUUCGGAAUCGAGUUCGUGAUAAAAUAAUACAUCAACAAUUGAAAGCUGAUUUGGUUGAGAAUAUAUGGCAAAAAUUUGGAACAAAUCAAGAUUUCAACUAAUCGGAUUUUUCUCGUUUACGAUUUGUAUUUGUAUAUUUAAUAUGUUUUUAUGUCAUUUUUAUUAAAAAAUUUAUGUAUGCUUUUAUUUUAAAUCAUUUUACUAAAAAAAAUUAUAAAAGAAAUUAUUUAAGAACCCCUAUGAGGUUCUCCCAUUGGAGGAGGCAAAAAUUAUUUACACUAACAAAGGUUCUUAACUCCUCAAAUCACCUUAUUAACUACUAAUUUAAUCAUAAGAGCCCAUUAGAGGUUCUAAUGGAUAGACAUGCUCGUAUCUAGUUACUUUUUUUCUUUUGAAGACUAGGAUGGGAUCUUUAGACCUCCUAUUAGAAAGAAAAAACGUUUUAAAGUUAACUUGAUGGUAUUAGAGGUGAUAUAUCUGCAUAGCCGAAGGUGAAACAAUAGGAAGAUGUCUGAAAUUUUUGUUCAUGGUGAUAUUAUGCCUGAAGAAGAUUUGUGGGUAUGAAAGUUCACGAGAAAUGAAGUUUAUUUAGCUAAGUCUGGAUACGAUAUUUCUUUCUUGUUACAUAAUUUUACAUUGAUACAAGAUCAAAUUGCGCGACCUUCCUUGAAUCCUCUUAGAGCAACAUUAUUGCAAGGACUUUAAAUUGAGUCCUUAGAAUUUUUUAUUAAUAUUGUUAUGGUUAGGACAUUGUUAUGGGACUUUGUUAAAUGUGGUGAUUAUUGGUGGGACUUUAAUUUGUCCUUAGCUACAUAAAUUAUUUAUUUUAGUACAUAGCAACAUAGAAUUAAUGUGUUUAGGAUAAAACAUAUAACAUUUUAAAUUGUAAAAAAUAUAGAAUAGACAAACAUUUUAUCCAUUUCAUAGAAUAUUACAAACAUUUAUUUAUAAAAAAACAGAAAAUCAUACAAACACCAUAAAUAAAACAAAACAAACAUUUUAUUCAAUUCAUAUAAAUUUAGAAAUUAUAUGUCAUUUGGAAGAUGUCCAAAUUUAGCUCAUAUAUAUUCAAUCAAAUCAUAUUUAAUUGUUGAUGGGUUUGUCUAUUCCGAAGACUUGUUCGGCGAUCCAUUGUAUUGCCGAGAUGUGAAGGCAUAUUGACGGAAAAUGAAUCCUCAUCUUCUCUUUCUUGAAAUUCAAAAGCGUUAUACUGAGUGAAUGAUGCUCGUUCAUCUUCGACAAUCAUAUUAUGGAGUAUUAUACAAGCUCUCAUAAUAUUUGAUAUUUUGUCUUUAUCCCAUAACUUAGAUGGAUUUUUGACAACGGCAAAUCUAGCUUGCAGGACUCCAAAGGCACGUUCAACAUCUUUUCGAACAGCUUCUUGGGUUUUAGCAAAUAAUGAAUUCUUCGGACCUUGUGGUAGUCUGAUAGAUUGAAUAAAAGUCAUCCAUUUCAGAUAAAUACCAUCUGUCAGAUAAUAAGCCAUAUCGUACUCCGUUCCGUUGACAUUAAAAUUUACUUCUGGAGCUAUUCCGUUAAUAAUGUCAUCAAAAACAGGUGAUCCAUCAAGAAUAUUAAGAUCGUUCAUAGUACCUGGAUCUCCAAAAAAGGCGUGCCAUAUCUAGAGGUCAUAUGAAGCCACCGCCUCCAAGACAAUUGUUGGUUUUUUGGUUCCUCGUGAAUACAUUCCUUUCCAAGCGGUGGGACAAUUCUUCCACUCCCAAUGCAUACAGUCGAUGCUUCCAAUCAUCCCUGGAAAUCCACGUUGUUCUCCGAUAUGGAGUAAUCUGGCCAGAUCAUCCGGUGUGGGACGCCUUAGGUAUUCAUCGCCAAACAGGAGGAUUAUUCCGGCGGUAAAUUUGUGCAAACAUUUUCGAGCUGUUGUUUCGGUAAAUCAGACAUAUUCGUCAACCGUGUCAGCCCCACCACCAUAUGCCAAUUGACGAAUUGCUGAGGUACAUUUUUGUAGAGGUGAUAGACUAGACCGUCCGAGUGCAUCUUGUGUUUGAUGAAAAUACUCUACUUCUGCGGAGAGACGAUGCACAAUAUGAAUGAACAAUGAUUUAUUCAUUCGAAACCGUUGCCGGAAAAAAUUGCUCAAGUACGUCGGAGUUUCAGAAAAAUAAUCAUUCCACAAUUGAUUGUGGCCUUCCUCCCGGUGUCUGUCGAUAAAAACACGUUUUUUCGCUCUUUUGGUUCCGGAAUAGGAGCAUAGUUGUUAAAAAAUUAUUCAAAUGGGGUAUCAAGAUCAAUAUCAUCAUCAUUAUCUUGGUGGUAAUGAUAAUGAGAAGAUGAUGUCAUUUGAAAUGAAAAUAUAAAUAGAGGGAGGAACCAACAACAACAACAACAACAACAUUAGCAACAAAACAAUCACAAGCUACCAAGUUUCGACACUCAUUUUUCAAAUAAUCACAACAUCGGAGAAUAUGCAAUAUUAAAGCUACUUAAAUCAAUACAGAAAAACAAAAUUAGCAACAUAAAACAGAACAAAUUUGAACCGAUUUCGAAUGGAAGAUGAAGUAAUAAUCAAAGAUUAACAAUAAAAAUCAACCAUAACACUCUCCUACCGAAUCCAGACACAAUACAAAGUCCUAUGUACUGAGAGAACCGAAUCCAGACACAAGAUUAACAAUACCUCUUUGUUUUCUUAACUUAAACUCUUUAAUUAGGUAAACAACAAAAAACAACCAUAAUCAACCAUAAUCAAACGGAUUAGCAAUCAUAUCAUCUCAAUUGACAUCCUACGGAUCUCGAAUGGAAGAGGAACGCAUACCUUUUGGUUCGAAAACGGAGGGGAAUCCAAGGAUGUCGACCGUGGAGACAACAGAUCGGUCUCGUCUUGUGAACUAACCGAGAGGAUCUCGUUUGCGGCGAUAAAUCGUCGGAAGAGCUUUUUCCAACUGCGUUGCCGUCGAGAGUGAAUCGGGAGAGGAAGAGGCUGAAAUGGAUACCAAAUGUCGAGACAAACCUUAGACAACUUUGACCCGUGCUCAAAAAAUGCCAGCUGGCACGUAAGGACCGAAAAGAGAAGUCUCGUAUUAAGGCCCGUCCUUCAUUUUCUCCCAUAUUUUUUAUUUUCUUUUAAGCCCAAAAUACCUAAGGACGAGCCCAAGAACGUGCAAUAAUCUUGCUCUUAAGGCCCAUGUGUGGAGUAUCAAGGCUCCAUCAAAUAUUAGGGUCUUUAUUUGGAAAGCUUUAUCAAGGGCUUGUAGUAGAUGAUUGCCUUAAUGCACGUGGAAUGAGAUGUGAUAAUAUAAAUAUGGGCUACCUGCCUACCUCUGGGUUUUCUUGUGAUGAGGAGUUUGUGUUUGCAAGUAUGAGCUUUCUGAUGAAGGUGUGGAAAGACAAUCGAUGGGAUAGAGAGGCAACAAAAGUUUUUCUUUGGACGUUGUGGUACUUGUUGAAAAAUAGAAACUCCUUACUGUUUGAAGGAAUCAUAUAUGAUGGGAAAAAGGUUGUGGAAAAGCAGUAGAAGCAGCUGAGCUUUGGUAUUUAGCUCAUGAAUUGGAGAAUGGUAGAGGAAUGGAAAGAAGUGUUGGAACAAGUCAGAGUGAUGAGGCUUGGGGAGCCCCACCUAGAAAUUUCGUCAAGUGCAACAUUAGAGUUGCUUGGUCAAAGAUGAAGAAGAUUGAUCGGGCUUCUUGGGUUUUGAGGGAUCAAAGUGGAGUGGUUUUACUCCAUAGUGGAUGUUCCUUUGGAUCUGUGGGGUCAAAGGAUGAAGCGUACUUUUUAAGUUUAGUAUGGUCGAUGGAAAGUAUGGUAAAAGCAUAGGUGUUUGAGAGUUCACUUUUUUUUUUUGAAGGAAGGGUAUCAGUGAAUGCCUUUAAUAGACCAAAGGCUUGGUCUUCCGUCAAGUUUAAAGUGAAAGAAAUCAGAUCAAUCUUUAGCAAUAUUUUUGGAAUUGAAAGUAUACUUGGAACAGUUUGUUGCCAACCGGGGUGCUCGGCUUAUUGCUCUGAGUGUGGUGGAGGACAAUUGGUUUCAGUCUUAUGUUGCUUUAGGUCAAUUUCAAUGGCUUUUGAACCUUUUUGUUAUUGAAGCUCUUCGUUUGUGAAGUGUGCUCUCUAUGAUCACAUGGUUGGAAGAUCACAUGGUUGGACUUGUAACUAGGGUAAUCAAAUGUAUAUUCUGAAUUCUUGUACUUGGUUAUAUCAAUGAAAUAUUCAGAUGGAAACAAAUAUUUUUUUGAGGAAGAAAUCUAGCUAUAUUUGAUUUCCGUAAUAUAAUCUAUUAUUAAUAAUAAUUAGUCAUAAAUAAAUAAUAGUGUAAUAUAAAAUUUAUACGUUAUAAAAUCAAUUUUUUCGAAAAUAGAAAAAUGCGGAUCAAAAUUUAGUAAAUUGUUAUAAUAAAAAAAUUAAUAAGAAAUAUUCUCCAUUUUAUUGUUUUGGAGUCUUCACUAAAAUUAUAAUUAAAUAAAGCAAAUUUUGUGAAAUUUAUAAAAUCGGAAGCAAUUUUGCGUAGUUAGAUUCAGUCGUGAGUAUGUAUCAACAAAAACUGGAAAGACAGAAAAAUAAAUGUUUCUUUAUUCGACUGAAAACGUAUUGAACAACGUAUGUUUUUUUUUAAAGAACGAUAUUUUUAUUUUGUUUUAGUCAAACUUUAUUUUUCUACAGUUACAAAAAAAAAAAAAAACUUUAUUUUUCUAAGUUUUUUUAGUUAAAGAAAAGACAAGGUAUUGUUCAAUAUAAAGCACUGUUUUAAUAAGUAAUACAUUAGUUUUUUUUUUCACAAAGUACAACUGUUAUAUCUAGAAAAAUCAUUGUCAAGAACAUUUCCUAUUCGUUUACUCACAUAUGUUGGAAUGCAUUAUUCAUAUGGAAUGAAUAUAUACAAAAUAAUAUGUGUGUAUAUAUUUUCAAAUGUGCGAUGAGUCAUGACAUAACAGCUUUUUCAACUCAGGAAUGGAGGACACAUAACGCAACUUGAUUGGUCGGAGAUUACAAGGACCAAUAAGGGGUCCUCAAAUAAGGUAGAACAGCAUAUUUUGUUUGAUUUGGACCCACGCAUUAAUAUAUUAGAAAAUGGGGGAAUAUUAAUAUACAACAUUAUUGGAGGGCUUGGAUAAGCCAUACCAUUAAAUUUAUCAUAUGAAACCUAUGUGUAUAUGCAUAUGUAUGGUUAGAACAUAUAUUUCACAUUGCUUCUGUAUAACCAACGGGUGUGCCUCUUCGUUUAUAGUGGCCCGUCAAAAUUAAAUACUAUUGUGUGUUAUUGGACCAUACACAAUCAUAUCAAACAAACAUUUGCUGAGAAAAUUUGAAAUACAAAAGUUAAGUGACCCGAAUAAAUAGCUCUAAUAGGUUAAUUGUAUUGGCCAUUGUUUUACAAUCAUAACCAAACCUUAAUUUUUGUAUGGCGCAACGUCGUAAAAGGACAAUGAUAUUCUUGUUUAUAUUUGUGAAAUUUUAGUUCAGUUUACGACUAGUAAAUAUAUUUUGAACCAUUUUUCUAUUUACCUACACUAUUUUUAUUUUAUUUUUAAGUCAAACUAGUUUUAUGUACGAUCUAAACGUAUAUUGUAUAUAUUGAAAAUGAAUAUGAUAUACAAUUAUAAUAUGUUGGUUUUGUUUUAAGUUUAACUAGAUAAAAACUAAUAUAUAAGUCUCACAUACAAAAAAAAA